GGGCAGCUUCGUUGCUUGAAAAAUUAAAGUUAAUACACAGAUGCAUACAGUUUGGGCUGCAUUUCGUUUUCAGGCGUGGACCGUACUGCGACUGCACUUUAAUGAAACCAGUGCCGUGUCCAAGAGCAACCAAAGAGAGCUGCCUUAGCCCCUGGCCCCGCCCCCGGCCCCGCCUCCAGUCGUUGCCAUGAAUAAACAGCCCAGUAAGGAGUCGUUAAAGGACAAGGUGAAGGGGAUUUUUGGUUUGGGUCCCUCCCGCCUUCCCACCAAACAGGCCGAAUCCAAGCCCUCUGAGUUUAUCAUCACCCUCGACAUCCUAAAGGAACUGAAUCCAGAAUGUGGUCUACACAACAGGAUACGUGUGAUUAACCACGUCUGUGAUCUUGCCAAAUCCAAGAAAUUUGAAGAGCAUGCUGUUGAGGCAGUGUGGAAAGCUGUAGAGGACAUGAUGCAGCCUGAACAGCCGCCUGAUGCUCGACAUGCUGUACUACAGUUACUCAGAGCCAUCAUACAGGGACAGGGAGAGAGACUUGGGCCUUUGAGGGCGUACUUUUUUAAGAUAAUCUGGGACUACCAGCCCAGUAAUGAGGACCUUCCGGAACGACUGGAGGUGUUUAAAGCUCUCACAGAGAAUGGGAAAGACAUAACCUACCUGGAGGAAGACAUUGCGCGGUUUGUGUUGCUUUGGAUGGACACGGGCCUGACCGCUGAUUUCCUGCACGUUUUGGUCAAUUUGGUUAAAUUUAACAGCUGCUACCUUGACCAGAACAUUUCACUGAUGGUUCACAAAAUCUGCAUUUUGUGUAACCGGACAACCUCCUCCACAGAUAUAGAGGUAGCGUUGCAGGUACUGGAUGCAGUGGUGUGUUAUAACUGUUUGCCCUCUGACUCUUUAACUAUCUUCAUCAUCACACUCUGCCGAACCGUCAAUGUCAAAGAGUUCUGUGAGUCCUGCUGGAAGUUGAUGCGGAAGGUACUGGGGACUCACCUGGGACACAGUGCUAUCUAUACCAUGUGCCGUAUAAUGGAGGAGAGGAUGUACACAGAGGACGCCGCCCUUCUGAGGGGGGCGGUGUUUUUUGUCGGCAUGGCACUUUGGGGCGCACACCGCCUCCCUGCUCUAAAGAACACCCCCACUUUAGUGCUACCCUCCUUCUACAAGGCCAUGACCUCUGCUAACGAGGUGGUGUCAUAUGAGAUUGUGCUGUCAAUCACCCGACUCAUCAAGAAGUACGGCAGAGAGCUGCAGGUUGUCACCUGGGAUAUUCUUCUGGGAAUUAUAGAGAAACUACUGCAACAGAUACAGAACAUUGGCAGUCCUGAGCUGAAGUCUAUAGUGUAUGAGUUGUUGACCACGGUGGAGGAGCUGUAUGAACAGAACGGUUACCAUGGCUCCACAGAACGCUUCUUCGGCCUGGUGGAGAAAUGCGCCGACAAACGACCAGAUGCUUCGGUGCUGACCCUGAUCUCUUACCGGGCCCAGUCCAUCCAGCCAGCCAAAGACGGCUGGAUCCAGAGCCUCCAUCAGCUCAUGGAGAAAUUCUUCAGGAAUGAGACGCGUACCGUGAUCAGGAUCAAAGUUCUGCACAUCCUCUCCUUCGUUCUCAGCACUAACCGUCAGCUCUAUGAGGAGGAGUUGAUUGAGGUGGUGGUGAUUCCUCAGCUGGGACAGAUAGCUGAAGACAGAGAUCUCUUAGUGAGGAAACAGGCCACGCAGCUCUUAGUGGACCUGGCCGAGGGCUGCAGCACACACCACUUCAACAGCCUGCUGGACAUCAUCGAGAAGGUGGCAAGUCGUUCUCUGAUGUGCCCUGUGGACGGAGAGAGAGAGCUGUCUGCCGAAUCUCCCAUGGAAGACGUCAGAACAGCCAUACUGGGCCUGCUAGAGAUACUGCAGAGUAAAUUGUACAGUCUGCCUGCCAGCCACGCCAGCCGGGUGUAUGAGCUGUUGAUCUCCCAUCUGCAGCUCCAUUACAAACACAAAUACUGCUCUCCUCUGGCCUCCAGCAUCCGACUACAGGUCUUUGAUUUCUUGCUGCUGCUGAGAGGUGAUUCCCUCCACAGACUGGGCGUGCCCAAUAAAGAUGGAGUGCUCCGCUUCAGCCCCUACUGUUACUGUGACCUGGGUGACUCAGAGAAGAAAGUAACAGAGAAAAAGCCAGCAGGCACCGUGUCACCUCCAGCAGGAAGUCCCGCCCCCGCAGCCCCGCCUUCUUCUAUCCGUACCGCCUACCUGCCGUACAGUCUGGCCUUUUCUGUUCUGCUACAGUGCCUCAAAAUGGAGACAGACUGGAAGGUUCUGAAGCUGGUUCUGGAUAAGAUGCCUUGGACUCUACAAUACAAAGUCCUCCUGCUCAGCUCCCCAUGCAGUAUCGACCAACUGUGUUCCACUCUCUGCUCUAUGGUGACGGAUCGUUUGAUCUCUGAGCGGCUGAAGAGGACUCCUGAUGGGUUUUCCCGCACUGAUGUCCAGCUGGCCGUGGUUCCGGUUCUGACGGCCCUCACUUCCUACCACAACUACCUGGAGCAGAACAGACAGAGGGAGCUGGUGCAGUGUUUGGAGACCGGGCUCAUAUACCGCUGUGCUAAGCAGUGUGUGGUGGCUUUGACCAUGUGCACGGUCGAGAUGCCCGACAUUAUGAUCAAACUCCUGCCAGCCCUCAUCGUCAAGCUCACACACAUCUCGGCAACCGUCGUCAUGGCUUCGCCCAUGCUGGAGUUCCUAUCCACAUUGGUCAGGUUACCUCACCUCUAUGCGAACUUUGUGGCUGAGCAGUAUGUUAGUGUGUUUGCCAUCUCUCUACCCUACACCAACCCUUCCAAGUUUAAUCAGUACAUUGUGUCCCUGGCCCAUCAUGUCAUUGCUAUGUGGUUCAUUCGCUGUCGACUCCCCUUCAGAAGAGACUUUGUGCAGUACAUCACCAAGGGUUUGCGGUCUAACGCACUGUUGCCUUUCGAUGACACACACGAACAGAGCAACUUCCGAGCCCGCAGCACCAGUCUGAACGAAAGGCCCAAAAGUCUGCGGACGGCCAAAGUGGCGAAGCAAGCCGCGGCUGCCAACUCGCCCGUUAAAGAGCUGAAAGACCUGUCUGCCAUGGACGCCUUCCGCUCCCGAAGCAUCAGUGUGUCCGAGCAUGCGGUGCGCAGGAUGCAGACGUCCAACACCACCUGUAGUCUGGGCUCGGCGGACGAGAGCGCGGUGGUGCAGGCGGACGACGCCCUGAAGACCGUUCACCUGGAGCUCACCGAGACCUGUCUGGACAUGAUGGCCCGAUACGUCUUCUCCAACUUCUCUGCGCUGCCCAAGAGGUCUCCGAUUGCAGAGUUCUUGUUGUCAGGGGGACAGAGUAUGACCUGGUUGGUGGGUAAUAAGCUGGUUACCAUAACGACCAGCGGUGGAGCUCGAACCCAGGCCUUGCUGGGGCUGGACAUGGCGGAGAAACCUGGAGGAGGAGAGAUGACCAGGUCAGACCCGUCUUUGCACACCAGGCAGACUAAAGAAGCCCCAGCCAAACUGGAGUCCCAGUCCAGCCAGCAGAUCAACAGAGCUGCUCGUAUCCGAGUCCGCUCCAUGUCAGGGGGACAUGCAUUGCGUGCAGGUCCGGCUCAGAGCCUGAGUCCGCUGGUUUCUCCCUCUGACGGGGAGUUCUGUGGCCCCCUGCCUCCUCCUGGACCUCCUCUGGAGGGGCUGGGCUCCCAGAGAGGAGCAGGCGAAGAUCACCCCCCCUCCCAGACUACCCUCUCCCACAAAGACAAGGCCAACCUGGCUGAGUUUGUUCCCAUGCUCACACAGGGCUGGGCAGAGAUCUUCAUACGGAGACCGUCAGGUAAUACCAGUUGGCUGAUGUGUUUAGAGAAUCCCCCCAGCCCGUUCUCCUCUGAAUUGGGCAACAUGCCCCUACAGGACCUCUCCAGUGCCCUCAUGGCUAUGGAGGGGGUGAAAGAAACCCGAAAUGACUCACUCAGUGCCCCUCUCGCCCCGACCGAGUCCACCUCUGCCACCCACGGCAAACCCACCCUCAUCCAGCGAUCCAACACAGUGGGUUCUCUGUUCUCUCUCUACCCUCCUGACCACCCAGGCUGCUUACACAGGAGCGUAUCCUGGGCAGACUCCGUGGUGGUGUUAGAGGAGUGUGGGCGGAGCAGGGGCGGAGACUCGGCCCCGGACUCUCCCGAGCUGGAGUUCGAAGCCAUGCCCUCGGAGCCGAUCUUCAUCAGCGCCGACAAGUUCACCAAGACCCCCAGCAUCCCCCUCAGUCGGUCCUCAUCCAACUCUAGUCAGGACGACGAGAAGUCCACCCUGGAGGAGGUUAGCGAGGGAGGCAUUCCGAUCGACCAGCCCCUCGCCCUCUCCUCUCCGGGUCUCCAGGACUCCCAGCUCCCCUUCUCCCAUUCCCAGACCCUCAACAAAUCCAGCUCCUCCCCGGAGCUCCAAACCCUGCCCGAGGCCUUCGCCAAGGCCGCCGCGGGACCAGGGGCCGGAGUGGUCGACGCGCCCAGGUCCAACACGCCCGUGGAGGGGAAGACUCCGACGACUCAGCCCGCCUCGGCGUCGGAGAGGGAGGCCCCGAGCGGCGCGUCGGGGUUGGGAUCCGAGGCCCUGGGGGCGGGGGAAAGUUCCGGGUCGGUCGGCGGAGGCGCAGGGAGCAUCAGCGCCAGCGUGAGCGUGUCGUCCUCCUCUUCCUCCACCUCCAAGAUGAAGCUGGAGUUUCCGACCCAGCAGGCCGCCGGACCCCUGUCGCCGAGCGGCCACCGCCCUCGAGGUCACACCAUCUCCGUCUCCGCCCCGUCGUCCCGCCGCGAGAGGAAAAUGGACCGGGACUCCUAUCACAACCGCGGAGGACCGGCGAACUCGGAGAAAACCUCCGGACUCAGCCCCAGUUUCGUGUUCCUCCAGCUCUACCACUCUCCCUUUUUUGGGAACGAGGCCAACAAACCCCUUCUGCUGCCCAAAUCCCAGCUGAUAGACAGAGCGGUGAAGGUGUUGGACCAGAUGCCUCCCUACGACACACAUAAGAUCGGCGUGGUGUUUGUGGGGGCGGGGCAGGUCAGUAACGAGGUGUCCAUCUUGUCCAACGAGUACGGCUCCAACCGCUACGCCCAGUUUCUGACCGGACUGGGAAAGCUCAUCCAUCUGAAGGACUGCGACCCAGAUCAGAUCUUUCUGGGAGGACUGGACCAGUACGGGGACGAUGGAGAAUUCACCUACUGUUGGCAUGACGACAUCAUGCAGGCCAUUUUCCACAUUGCUACUCUGAUGCCGAACAGGGAGUCCGAUAAAGGCUGCUGUAAUAAGAAACGCCACAUUGGCAAUGACUUUGUGGUCGUCGUCUACAAUGACUCUGGAGACGAGUACAAACUGGGCACCAUUAAGGGUCAGUUUAAUUUUGUGGAAGUCGUUAUCAAACCACUGGACUACGAAAGCAACCUAGUAACACUACAGUGCCGCAAAGAUUUGGAGGGGCUGGUUGACACCAGCGUGGCCAAGAUUGUAUCAGACCGGAAUCUUCCGCUGCUGGUGCGACAGAUGGCACUGCACGCAAAUAUGGCAUCUCUGGUGCAUCAGUAUCGAGCCAACCCGUCAGACGCCUAUGCCUCCAAGUGGCUGGCCCGACUCCGGCACAUCAAACGGAUCCGCACCCGGGCUCAGGAGGAAAUCCAGUCCCGCCCGACGCCCGGAAUCUCCCUCACCCAGAGCCACGCCAGCAUGCAAAACAAACCCGCCCAUCAGCAGUCUGGCUCCGCCUCCAACCCCGACUCGGGCCAGAGGAAGAGACUGGUCUCCACAGUCGAUGACUUUACAGAUUUCGUUUGAGUAACCAGUGACUGAUCAAACUUCCUAAUCCUAAUCUCUAAAAUGGCUGGAUAAUCCAGCCUUCUUAUUUUUCCCAUUCGGUCCCUAAUUUUGCAUCCUUGCCCUUCUCCAUUUUGUAGGGGUGCCUUAUCUGAUUGGUUCUCAACUGUGCCACCGUCACUGACUACUGGUUUAAUCCUGAGAGAUGAUCAAGUUCUCAGCCAAUCAGAAACCCCCUCUAAAUAAUUCUCCUAUAGGUUGAUCCAAUCAGGUUCUGC